ACUAGCUAGUACGCCGUGAUCCUCGUAAUCGCACGCACGCAUUACCCGUGUUAUAUUAUGACGGGCUAUUAGUAAAUAACGAAAAUUGUGUUUCGAUGUUUUUAAGUUUGAGUCCGCGCUGAAUUUUUAACUCCGUGCGAACGAAACCGCUCAAUGUGUAAACUAUUAAGAUACAUAAAAGAGAAUAAAAUUAUCAUACGUGAGGUGUAUUCCCAUAAUAAAAAAUAAUUAUUUAAUAAGGCGUAAUUGUGAUUAAUAACCUUGUUAUAUGAGACAAUAAUAAUAUCACAAAAUAUUUCUCACUCCAAAGACGCAGUCGUGAAAUAAUUUGCAUGGACACAACGCCGGUAUUCUAGUUACAGUAAUAGAUUUGUACAACAAGAACAAGGUACUCGUGCUAACUGGAGCAAACCUAUCAAUAAUGUAAGCGGACAGUUGAUACCUGUACAUUUGUGCGUAUUGAACAAGUUUUCAAGAACAUUUACCAUUGAACAAAUAUACAAGUGGCCAUAAUUUGACUGUAAUGUAAAACAUGAAGAGAAGGAAAUGAGAAAAAGAGAAGAAAAAUAAACAAAUAUGACCUGGACAAAGGAACUUGAUGAGGCAGCCGAGAUGGCCACGAAGAGGGGACACUGGCACACAUUCCUCUUCUAUCUACUGUGCGGUCUAGCGGCGAUACCGACUUCCUUUCUAGUGUUCUCCCAGGUAUUUACAAAUGCCACACCAGAUCAUUGGUGUUCGCCGGAUCCCGAACUAGGACACUUCGGGCUGUCCAACGAACAGCUGCGAAAAUUAACUGUACCAGAAACUAACGGAGUAUAUGAAACAUGUAAAAGUUAUACAAUUGAUAUAGACGAAUUACGCUCUAUGCUCAAUAAAACAAUAACAAGGACCCAAGUAUCAGAAAAAAUCGGAGCAAGCUCAUCUCAUCUAAAAAUAACUGAUGAAGAUUUGGAUGGGAAGCGAUUACGUGUUGAGGACGCUAUAUUAGCAGUGAGACAGGAGUCAAGCAAUUGCUCUAACGGAUGGACCUUCAGUGAGGAACAUUAUAAGAGAACACUUGUCACUCAGUUUUUAUUGGUGUGCGACAAGGACUGGUUACCGAGAACCAGUAAUACGCUUUUUUGGGUUGGGUCAAUAUUCGGAAACCUGUUUUUCGGAGCGAUUUCUGAUAGGUAUGGUCGACGUCCAACGAUACUCCUCAUGAUACUGAUAGAAGUACCUCUGACGAUUGCUGCAUCAUUUUCAAGCAACUAUUGGAUGUACAUAGCUCUGAGAGUACUUGAUGGUUUGUUUUUCCCAGCAUUGUACCAGCUACCUUUCAUUCUGGCAUUAGAAUUGAUGCCACCAGCAAAGAGAACAUACACAGGUAUCGUCGUUGGAAUGCUGUUCGCCAGCGGCAUGUGUUUGCUGGCCUUGCUCGCUUUUUUCCUCCGUGAUUGGUAUCACUUGUCUCUGGCUACCAGUGUGCCUUUUGUAUUUCUAUUUGGAUAUUACUGGCUUAUUCCAGAAUCUCCCCGUUGGCUCGUCGGAAGAGGACGGGUGGCUGAUGCGGAGAAAGUGUACAUAAAUCUUGCAAAGAGAAAUGGAAUUACACUGCCACGUGGAUUCCUGAUAGAACUGCAUAAUUUUUUUAGAGACGAGGACGGAGAUAUCGAUAUAGCGGUAAAUAAAAACGGAUACCUCCAAAAACUACGGCCAACAACAGAAGAACUAAACGAUAGACGAAUAAGUAAUAUGAUAACAUUCCAAAAACAGAUUAAAAAAGAAGUGGAUAAUAUUAAAGUAACAGAAAAUUUGGGUAACGAACCAGAGGGAGAAAAUAAAAUGGAUGAGUGUAUGGAAAACUCAGAAGCAGAAAAUAUGGAAGCUAUAAAAUUGAACACAGAGAUGAAGCACUCAAAUUAUGAUUUACCUCUAUCUUUGAAAACCGAACAACAAUCAACAGUCAUUGAUUUGAGAAAGAAAUCUAUACAGGUUGUUAAUAGAAUCUUCCUAAAUAACUCAUUUGAAGAUGUAGAAGAAAAGAAAAGAAUAGAUGACCAAAACUCGGAAGGAGAUUGCAGAGCAUCACCAAUUGAUUUAUUCCGAUAUCCAAACUUGAGAAAAAAGUUUCUAAUUUUAACUUUCAACUGGGUUGCACUGGGCGUUGUUUACAAUAGUCUUAGCUAUAAUACGCCAAAUUUAGGAGUAGACGAUUACAUCGCAUUUUUCAUUGGAGGAGCAGUAGAAUUGCCGUCCUACUUCAUAGCCUGGUUCAGCAUGGAGAAAUACGGUCGACGCUGGGUCUUGUCGACAUUCCUUCUACUUGGAGGGCUGUCAUGCCUCAGUUGCGUACUCGUGCCAGAAACCUGGCCAUGGGUGACGGUGUCACUGGCGAUGCUGGGCAGGCUGUGUGCUGCUGCGUCCUUCGCCGUCUUCUACGUGCAGAUUGGUGAGCUGCUGCCGACGGUGGUGCGAGCGCAGGCGAUGGGAGCGUCCUCAUUUAUAGCAGGCGUUGGACUACUGGCUUGCCCUUAUAUUGUGCACUUGGCCGUGUACUCCAGGUCACUGCCGCUGAUCAUCAUGGGCGUCCUCAGCUUGGUGGCAGUGGUCACCUCCCUGUUCCUCCCGGAGACCCUCAACCAGCCUCUUCCUCAGACCCUCGGAGAUGGAGAAAUGUUCGGGAGGAACUUCAAGAUUUUCAGUUUCGUUGAGAAAGGAUGAUAAUUAUGUUUAUUUUUUAUAAUAUUAUCAUGGACCAAUCGUGUAUAUUAUAAUAAGAAGAGUUACUUAAUAGAACACAGUAUUAUUUAGAUACGUAAGUAAGCGUUGUUUCUUUGACGAAUGAAGAGAAAAAUAUUUUCUUAUAAUAAAAAAAAAAAACAAAAAUGCUA